GCCAUGGCGGCCUGGCGGGUCCCAGCGUCCGCGCUCGGGAGGCCGCGGCCGGCCGCCCCGCCGCCAGAGCUGCCGCCCCGUGACGGAGCAGCGUUCCGACGGCGCCGCGGCAUGCCCCUCUGCUCGGCUGCGCGGGAAGACGGCGGUAGUCUCGGGCCCGACUCGCAGGGCGGGCCGGAGGAAGCGGGCAAGCGCCCGGCGAGCAAAGAGUUAACGGCUGCGGAGCGGAGAAUCGCGGAACUACACGCGGCCGCCUGCGCGGCUGGCCAGCUAAACUACGUGGACCCAGCUACUGGCUGCGUGGUGUUCACCCAGCUGGCCCACUUGCAGAGAGGCCAGUGCUGCGGCUCUGCCUGCAGACACUGUCCAUAUGGUCAAAUCAAUGUUAAAGAUCCAUCCAAAAAGAAGCAGUUCAAUUCAUAUUUUUAUGUGUGACAACAAUUUUAUCUCUGUUCUCCAUCUAACUGAGCCAUAUUAAAAAUAAAUAAAUUUUAAUCCAGAAUGGUUUUCUGGGCUGUUAGUACUUAAGCAUGGGAUUCAUCUUAAGUACAUAUGUUAAAAGAACAUCAACAAAAUGAAAAAGUUAGCAAAUAUUUGUGUUUCUGAAGUGGCACAUUGAUAGUUAUUUUGCUUUCUUUUUGCUUCAUUAUCAGACAUAUGUUGAAAAAAAGAAAAUAAUGACUCUUUCAUUAAAUAAAUACCAGCAAUCAGGUCACAUUAGUAGCCCUUGAUUUUGCUUUUUUUUAUAGCCCCACUUUUCCUACUGUUUUCUUUUCAGUGCUAGCAACCCAAGGGAAGUUACUGGCAGAUAGAAGAAUCUGACUCCAUCCUGCCUUUUAUUUACAUCUUGAGCUGUGAGGAGGUUGAUGUAUAUGAGUGCCCAAGAAGUGCUAUUCCCCAGCAAGAAGCGUGCUCAUGUUCCAUCUGUUCCCC